ACUAUAUAUAUAUAUCCACCCUCAAUUCUUCUUCUCCACAAUCGAUCCCAGCUCCUCCUCCAAUUCUCAUCUUCUCUAGUUGCGAUAUUACCACUGAGAUUUCAAUCCUCAAAUCUACUAUGGCCUCAUUUGUUUCCACACAUUUCUUUCUUCAGCUACUCCUCGUCAUCUCCUUCUUCCAUUUCAGCUCGGCGGCGAGGAGACUGCUGGAAUCCGAUGACACCCAACAGCCUUUGCUCUUCCAAUACCACAGUGGCCCUCUUCUUACUGGCAAAAUCGCUAUCAAUCUUAUCUGGUACGGAAAAUUUAAGCCCUCCCAACGAGCCAUCAUCUCAGAUUUCAUUACCUCCCUCUCUACUUCCACACCCCCGACUGCCCAAACCUCAGUCGCCACGUGGUGGAAAACUACCGACAAAUACUACCACCUCGUCAAUUCCAAGAAGCCCUCCGCUCUUGCACUCUCAUUGGGUACCCAGAUCGUUGAUGAGACCUACUCUCUAGGCAAAUCACUCUCGAAUCAGCAAAUUGUUGCGUUGGCAUCGAAGGGAGGCCAGAAAAACGCCAUUAACGUUGUUCUGACAUCCGCUGACGUGGCAGUUGAAGGGUUCUGUAUGAGCAAAUGCGGGACUCAUGGAUCUUCAAAGGGUGCAUCCGUGGACGGGAAGAGCUACAAGUUCGCUUAUAUUUGGGUUGGGAAUUCGGAGACCCAGUGCCCGGGGCAAUGCGCGUGGCCAUUCCACCAGCCCAUCUACGGGCCUCAGAGCCCACCUUUGAUUGCACCCAACAACGACGUGGGUCUGGACGGCAUGGUCGUCAACCUGGCUAGCCUUUUGGCUGGGACAGCCACGAACCCAUUCGGAAAUGGCUACUUCCAGGGUCCAAAGGAGGCGCCACUAGAAGCUGCAUCGGCUUGUCCUGGUGUGUACGGGAAGGGGGCUUACCCUGGCUAUGCUGGGAACCUCUUGGUGGACCCAACCACUGGCGCCAGCUACAAUGCAAAUGGUGCACAUGGAAGGAAAUACUUGCUUCCAGCUCUCUUUGACCCAUCAACCCAAACUUGUUCAACUCUGGUCUGAGGGACGACCUUCUAAACGUGCCUACAAGUAACACGUUAAUGUAUACAAUUAAUAGAUUAGCCACUAGAAUUAAGAAAUAUUAAAAUUCUUUGAUUUAUUUAUUUGUAUUACGGUUGAAUAUUAAAAAUACA